CGCUCCUCACCACAAACUAAUAUAAAAAUAUCGAUGGUAGACAAUCUUGAGAUCUGCCAUCCUCGACAGAUGAAGCUGCGGGGAUUCGAGCGCCUGGUCACUAUGGUCGACAACGUCUCCAUGAAGAUUGUGCACUCGAUGCUAGUGACCGGAGAUGCAAAAGCUCUGCUCCGAUUCCUGCCGACUGCACUCAUGCAGACUUUCAACACGCACCCUCGAAUGCGAGCGGUGCAAAUCGAAGGCCAAGAUUUUAUCGCAGCAAUUCAAGAGCCCUUGAGUCUCGACGACAUCAGCAACAAGAACCUCCUACGAGUUCAAGAAUUCUAUCUACCAACGCAAGAAAAUUUUGACAACUGGCAGAAGUACGUGGAAGACGAGUGCAACGUCGGAUUUGACCGAUACAAGCAACUCCCGUUCUUCUUAACCGUGUGGGUCGACGAGAAGGCGGGUCAAGCUCGCUUGAUGCUCUUCUCGGAUCACUACAUGUCGGACGGGUAUUCGGGUAUGGUUGUGCUCAACGAUAUCCUUGAGCAUAUAGCCACACUUGCAACCCAAACGUCACCCGCUCAAACCCAAGAAUUACCACUCCGUCCAUCCUUUUACGAUAUGUGGUUGUCCAAGAAGCCACUGUUGAAAGCUCUAUACAAGGGAGUUAUUAUGAUGUUCGGGAAGACCAUCUUCCGCAACGAAAUGAAGAAGUUUCAGCCCGUUCUCCCAGCUCGAGCGGACCAGCACGACUUCGUGAUACCACCCGUUUCAAACUCGAGCACAGCCUCGUUCGCUGAGGGCAAUCCGACGUCUAUGAGGAAGGCUCUCAUGAAGUGCAAAGACGAAGGUGUCACCUUCGGCGGUGCAGUGGUGUGUGCUACCCUCCUCGCAUUCUACCACGCCGCUAGAGGUCUCCAACGUUUUGACGCAACACAGCCUUUCAAGCUCGUGAUCGAAUUGGACUACAACAUGCGGCGACGUGUUCCCCAACCAGUACAGGAAGAUCCUGUGGGCACGUACGUCACAUUUGCUAAUCUGGAGCGGCUGGCCAGCGAAGGUGUUGACCUGAAAACUACCAAAUUCUGGGACCUCGCGCGCCAAUCGAAGCGCGAAAUCGACUCAAAGGUCCGAGAAACGAUGUCAAUCGCUGCCUUGCCCAUAAUUUUCGACCAGCAGAUCAACGCCAAGACACAGCUGUCGUUCGCGACAGCUCUCAACAUCCGCCAUUCGCAGACGUCGGAUGUCAAUCUCUCUAACGUGGGGCGCUAUCCGUUUGCAAAAGAGUAUUUACUGUCUUUAAACAACGACUGUGACAGCAAGAAGAAGCUGCUUGAAGUGAAGACUCUUCACGUAUACAACUCGAUGCCUCACUUGGGUCCGUCAGCGGUUCUUUGGGUAUCAUCGGUUGCGUCGUUCUGCUAUUCCAUGGGACACAAAUGCGAGGACGACUCAGCUAAAGCUCUCUUUCAUGCGUUUGUAGUUGUCUGUGAGAGCAUUGGCAACAUCGGAGCUGAUGCCAGUAUGGCAGACGUGCUUGGACAGCUUGAAUAGGAGAUACAUGACCCAGUACAAUUCGAAUGACUCAACGUUAUCACUGACAGAAAAAAUACAAUAAAACUGUAUUUUUCAAAGUAAAUUUUCAUAAUAAAUUGUUUUUCGACGAUGCCGGAAC